AUGGCCACUUCACCAUCCGAGGCACCCCCAAAAUCGACGCGCACCGAAACGAAGAAUCAGGCGAAUGAUGAUACGAGUUCGAUCACGGAUGAUGUCCGCGGAGCAGAAUACUAUCACGGACUUGUGCCGCGUACCGACGUCGAGCCGCUGCUGAAGAAGGACGGGGAUUUCCUGUUGAGGAAGACUGAACAUACCCCUGGCGUGAUCGUGCUGGCAAUUUCGGUUCGAGUGGGGACGGCGGUGCGUCACUUCAUGAUCAACCAAGAUCCCAGCGGAACAUUCUAUCUGGAGGGCCAUCACGAAAAGUCCAUCUCGGAACUCAUAAAUUGGCAUAGGACGACAAAGACCCCGCUGUCGGCCACCUCAAAUGCCGUGCUGAAGCGACCGGUGGAGAGGACGGCCUGGCUGCUCAACCACGAUUCCAUCACACUCGUCAAGAAGCUUGGAGAGGGUGCUUUUGGGGAGGUAUUUCUGGCUGAAUACGCGAUGGGUAAGGACAAGCAAGAGGUGGCGGUGAAGACGAUGCGCACCGAGGUGACCCGCGAGGCUCGCCUCAGAUUCAUGAAGGAGGCCCGCCUGAUGAGAAAGUACAGCCAUAAACAUGUCGUCAAGAUUCUUGGUGUGGCGGUGCACGAGCACCCGUUGAUGCUUGUGAUGGAGGUGUGCCCUGGGGGUUCUCUACUCUCCUACCUGCGAAAGAAUAAGGGCAAAAUGGAUGGUGCCAUCAAGAUUCGAUUCGCUACGGAAGCGGCCGACGGACUGUGGUACCUCGAGAAGCAGUGCUGCAUCCAUCGUGACAUUGCCGCCCGGAACUGUCUCCUCAGCGGCAAGGCGGAGGUCAAGAUCUCCGAUUUCGGGAUGUCGGACGACAAGAAGAUUGUACACGACGACACCCUGGACAAGGUGCCCGUCAAGUGGACUGCCCCCCCGAGUGUCGCCAAGCUCAUCUACCAGUGCUGGGAGAAAGAAUCGAAGGCUCGCCCCGAGAUGGGCAAGAUCUAUCGCUCCCUCAAGGAGAUCAAGGAACGAUCUACCCGCCAA